AAUGAUAUGGGUUAGUUUUUUUUUUUUUUUUUUUUCUUGGAAUGUUGCCAGUAUUCUGGUCUUACAAUAUGAAAAACACAGACUUUGAGUUUCAUUGCAAUGUUUAAUGAAGCCUGGUUCGUGUUCAGCGUGUUAUAGUGUGGGGUCUAGAGGAGCUUCAGAAGCUCUGGAGGUGGAGCUGUCGCGGUUCCCCUAUCCUAUAUAUUCAUCUGAUGCAGCAGAGCCCCGUUCUUCAUGGAGAUCUUCAAACAACCUCCUCCAGCGCGAAUAAACGGUUCUGGACUGAAAUAAACAGACAGUCUUUGAGAUUCUAAGUGGUGAACAGAUUCAUCACAGACAACUCCUUCUCCAAACAAGUUAAAGAUGCCCUACCCACCAUCACAGUGACUCCAAGAAAAGACAACAUUCCCAUUCAGUUCCUCAAGAUGAACACUUCAGAGACCACCACUCUUCCCUUCUGGACCAUGCAUGUUAAUUCUAGUCCUGUUUCGUACCUCCUCAACGCUACCGAGACCCCAUCCCAUGCCAAGCCGAAAGCAUGCGAGCAGCUCAACAUCGCCACUGAGGUGUUCCUCAUCCUUGGCAUCGUCAGUCUACUGGAAAACAUCCUGGUCAUUUGUGCCAUAGUGAAAAACAAAAACCUACACUCGCCCAUGUAUUUCUUCGUCUGCAGCCUGGCCGUGGCCGACAUGCUGGUGAGUGUCUCCAACGCCUGGGAGACCAUAGUCAUCUACUUGCUCACUAACCGGCAGUUGGUGGUGGAGGACCAUUUCAUCAGACAGAUGGACAACGUUUUUGACUCUAUGAUCUGCAUCUCUGUGGUAGCGUCCAUGUGUAGUCUUCUAGCUAUUGCCGUUGACCGCUACGUCACGAUUUUCUACGCUUUGCGAUACCACAACAUCAUGACGGUUCGCCGGGCCGCGCUUAUCAUCGGGGGGAUUUGGACCUUCUGCACCGGCUGUGGAAUCGUCUUCAUAAUCUAUUCUGACAACACAUCCGUCAUCGUGUGCUUGGUCUCCAUGUUCUUCAUCAUGCUAGCACUCAUGGCCUCCCUCUAUAGCCACAUGUUCAUGCUGGCGCGUUCUCAUGUCAAACGCAUUGCCGCCUUGCCAGGCUACAACUCCAUCCACCAGAGAGCCAGCAUGAAGGCGGCCGUCACACUGACCAUCCUUCUCGGGAUUUUCAUCGUCUGCUGGGCUCCAUUCUUUCUCCACCUCAUCCUUAUGAUCUCCUGCCCCAGAAACCUCUACUGCAUGUGCUUCAUGUCUCACUUCAACAUGUACCUCAUCCUCAUCAUGUGCAACUCCGUCAUCGACCCACUCAUUUAUGCUUUCAGGAGUCAGGAAAUGCGAAAAACGCUUAAGGAAAUCAUCUGCUGCUAUAGCCUGAGGAACAUCUUUGGAAUGUCAAGGUAGCGUCAAACCCCAAAAAAUUAUUGAAUGAUGGAUUGUCUUUUCACAAUAUUUCAAUUUAUAAAGUCUGAGAGUAUUCUGAGAGCAGAAUACCACAACCCUCUCUUGAUCUAGAUGGAAAAUAUGAUUUUUGUGAUGAUGUAUACCAUUUACUCACUCUUUAUCCUCUACCAUGCAAACUUUCUCAAGAAAUUGAAACUUGAAAGAAGCUGGACAAUUAAUUAACUCUUCAGGGCACAAAGAUGCAAAAUAGAAUGUCUAAUAAGGCAAUUGUUUAUAUUAGAAAUAUAUGUAGAUGUUGUAAUAUUGUUGGAGAAUUAAGGAGGCCUUAGUACUAUGGAACAAUGUAAUCCUUGAUGAACAAUGUGAUUGAAUACAGUCUCCAGGGACACAGAGGAGCUGUUGAUCAAAGCCUAUGGGAAAAACAAGUGCAAUCAUUUGUCAAAUUAACCAUGCAAAACAAAGCCUGUCAUAGAUAUUAAUGUUAUAUAGGUAAAAUUAAAAUGUAAUAUAGCAUGCAGUUUAUAUUGUUGCAUGUGCUUUGUGGUUGGCGGUAAAAGUGAGAAAGAACGAGCCACUCUAUUGAUUCCCAAAAUGAAAUUAAAUGACAAAACAGCAGCAAACUACAAUUUAAAAAAAAAAAAAAAACAUGGCACAAUUUAUACACACAUUACAAGACAGAACAUAAAGUACAAUGUGCACUGAAAUAUAAGAAUUGAACCAGACUGACUGUGAGAAAAAUUGUUUCACUGUCAUGCUGUUCGUAAAAUGUCUACUUAAGUUUUCAAGGACUAAGAGGAUGACAGAAUUUCAGGUAUCACGUCACUACCAAUUUUUUCAGAGUCUUUAAAGGCAUCAGGAGUUUUGUAAUAGUUGAAAAUGAAUAGAAAUGCUUCUUCACAUAUGCCUGUAUCAUAAUGUGUGUAUAUCUAUAGCUGCAAAAACAAAAUCAAAAAAUAUAUUAUGACAUAUACUGUAUAUUAACUCACACUAACAUUUUGUUGUAUAUUAACAACAAAACAACAGAGAAAAUAAGUUCUACCUAAUUAUACUGUGCAACUACUAAAAUAAAAAUCUUAAAUAUUUAUUGUCCUCACAAUUACAAGCAUUCGUGGAUAUGUUGGCAAUUUAUAUAUUAUUGUAGUAAGCACGAACAUGUACUUGAAUUUGGGGGUCUGCAGUUAUUUUCGUUUGAAGUAUUUACCACUGACCCUUUAAAUGUAAUGACGUUAAAUUCCAUGGCUUUUUUAUUUCUUGUGUUUGCUAUAAAAUUUAAGGGUGAGAAUCAAUGUACCUGUUAUUUGUCAUUAUGCUGCUUACUGUCUAUAGUCACUGAAUAAGUAAAUCUGUUUGAGAUUAUGGGGGAAAUAAUGCGGGCAAAAGCAAGUGUUUUGUUGGUUUUUCAUCAGUUAAUAUAUCCCAGGAGUGUUAUUUUUAAUAAUACAGCUAAAACGUUCAAUGUAAAAUACAAAAUGUGACACAUGGACCACAAAACCAGUCAUAAGGGUCAAUUUUUUGAAAUUGAGAUUUAUACAUCAUCUGAAAGCUGAAUAAAUAAGCUUUCCAUUGAUGUAUGGUUUGUUAGGAUAGAACCGCCUUUAAAGUUGUCCAAAUUAAGUCCUUAGCAAUGCAUAUUACUUACAAAAAUAAAUUUUUGAUAUAUUUACGGUAGGAAAUUUACAAAAUAUCUUCAUGGAACAUGAUCUUUACUUAAUAUCCUAUUGAUUUUUGGGAUAAAAGAAAAAUCGAUCAUUUUGACCAAUACAAUGUAUUGUUGGCUAUUGCUACAAAUAUACCUGUGUGACUUAUGACUGGUUUUGUGGUCCAGGGUCACAAAUAUGAAAAUUCCAUAAAUAUAACACAACACAACUCAUCCUAAUAAAAUGUAACAACUUAUUUUGUUACUCAUCAGCUAUAUCAGAAAUAUUAAAAUUUUAGUUUGGAUAAAAUUACAAUGAUCUAUAUUUAAAAGGGUUUUUGAACUAGAUGUUAUAGAGCUAAACAGUCUAAUAUAUCUUUUGAUCAAAAACUUACUAAGAUAUAAUCCUAAUGACAACUAGCCCUGUUUUCCCCUGUGGUUGAAAUGCUUAUCCAGUGGCUUACAUUAGAAGUUUAUGUAAUCUAAAUGUAAAUCUGUUCAUGCUAUGUAAAUUCUAUGAAACGUUUACGUUAUAUAUAAUUUACAGGAUUCUGGUGGUAGGCUAGCAGAUUCUUGUCUUGUAUUGACUUCUGAUGGAGUCAGAAUUUAAAAGUUUAAGUAGGUAAUUGCUCAGACUGUGUAAAUAUGUUCAGUUAGAUUGUCUGUCAGCUUGCCAUUUUAUUAACCCUUCCUCUUCACAUUCAAAGUGGUUCAGUUCAUUUCAGUUCUAAUCACCAAGUAUAGUGUCAACCCUCCUUACAUGGGCUCAUGAUGGUAAUAAUAGAAUGUGCCUUCAAUGUGUUUUGUGCUGUCAAAAUGACCCGGAGGUCGUCUGAUCUGUCCUCUCGGUCUCUCUGUGGUACAUUAACUGCUCAAGUGCUCAGGUUUGCUGGCUCUCCAUGAAGAAUCAAUGACAAUGUCUCUCUAAACCCCUCACUGUUUCAACAGAAAACAACUUGAAUCCCACUCCACAAAAUAAUUUGCUCUGCAGUGGUUUCACAUACACAGACAAUUAUUAGACAAGUAUCAUUAAAAUUCUAAACAUCCAAAAUGCUAAUCACUAAAGAAAUAUAUAAAAAAAAAAAAAAAAAAAAAAAAACAACUUGUUUUUCAUUCUUGUGUUGUGUGAAACAAUGAUACAGCUGCUGGUAAGUAAUUUAGAUUUAAGUGAACAGCAGUAAUGCUCCUCACUGUGAUAAAUGCUCUGUGCAUCUGUGAUAUGCUGUGUAAUCUCUUACUUUCAUGUAUUUGGUUGCAUGUAUAAUUAAAAUAUAAGAAUAAAGUUCA